AUGGUAUCAACUACUAGAAAAGAGAUAGGAGAAGAGGAGAAAAUUAUAAGGAAAGAGGAAAAGAGGAGAAAAAGGGAAUGGAACAGGAAAAGAGGAAAGAGGAAGAGAGGAGAGAAAAAGAGAAAGGAAAAAAGGGAAAAAAGAGAAAGGAGAAGAGGAGAAAAAGAGAAAGGAAAAGAAGAGAAAAAGAGAAAGGAAAAGAAGAGAAAAAGAGAAAGGAGAAGAGCAGAAAAAGAGAAAGGAGAAAAGGAGAAAAAGAGAAAGGAAAAGAAGAGAAAAAGAGAAAGGGGAAGAGCAGAAAAAGAGAAAGGAGAAGAGUGGAAAAGAGAAAGGAGAAAGGAAAGACAAAAAUGGCACCUUAUUUUAGUAAGCUUCUCAGAGAGCUACCUCAAACACAGUUAG